AUGGCGAGCUCUUCUGACCCCGACAAGCUCAUGAGCAAAGCCGACAAACUAACAAAAUUGAGUUUUACAAGGUGGAAUGCUGAUUGGAAAAGUGCUACUUCCUUGUAUGAGCAAGCUGCAAUUGCGUAUAGGUUCAGAAAGGACAAUGAGAAAGCAAAAGAUGCAUUUGAGAAGGCCUCAAAAGGACAGGAAAUGAUCUCCUCACCAUGGGAUGCUGCUAAGCAUAUGGAAUCUGCUGCUGCUUUAGCAAAGGAGCUUGGAUACUGGAAUGAAGUAUCUGAUUUCUAUCACAGAGCUUCAGAAUUAUACCGUGAAUGUGGAAGGCCACAACCUGCAUCCGAUGCUCUAGCAAAGGGUGCCAGUGCAUUGGAGGAGAAAUCUCCAGAAGAAGCUAUUAAAAUGUAUGAUGAGGCUUGUUCAGUUCUGGAAGAAGAUGGGAAGGAACAGAUGGCUUUUGACUUGUAUCGUGCUGCAGCAGCUUUGUACAUCAAGAUGGAGAAAUAUUCAGAUGCUGCUGCCUUCUUUUUAAGACUUGGUUCAGCUGCCGAUAAGUGCAAUGCCAUCAAUAGCCAAUGCAAGGCUUAUCUGAGUGCGAUCAUCAUCUAUCUUUAUGCACAUGACUUUCAGCAAGCUCAGAAAUGCUACAAUGACUGCUCAGAGGUUCAAGCCUUCCUCAAUAGUGACCAGAAUCGAUGCGCAACAAAACUAUUGUCUGCUUAUGAGGAAGGUGAUGCUGAAGAAAUCAAACGCAUUUCUCAAUCAAGUGCCUUCAAUCACCUUGACCAUAUGGUAAUUAGGCUUGCACGAAAGCUACCGACUGGUGAUCUGCAGGCCAUUAAGAAAGCUGAUGAUGGCGAGGAAUCCUUGGACGAGGAUGACCUGACUUAA